AUGGCACCUCGAGUCAACGGACCUGCCGAGGACCCCAGCGUCAUCGUUGGCCUCGCGUGUAGAGUUCCUGGGGCUAGCACCCCCAGCAAGCUCUGGGAGAGCAUCGCCGAACAGCGCGAUGUUCAACAGAAGAUGCCCAAGGAUAGGCUCAACGUGGAUGGGUUCUUCCAUCCCGAGCCUACCCACAAGGGCACCACCAACGCCCGGUUUGGGUACUUUCUCGAUCAGGACAUCGGGGAGUUCGACGCUGGAUUCUUCGGCAUCUCUGGAAAGGAGGCCGAGGCCAUGGAUCCCCAGCAGCGGUUGCUGCUCGAAGUCGUCUACGAGGCGCUGGAGAAUGCUGGCAUCACUCUCCAGGAAAUCAGGGGCUCCCUCACCUCGGUCUUCUGCGGCAGUUUCACCAACGACUACAAUGCCAUGCUGACCAAGGAUCUUGAGUACUAUCCCAAGUACACGGUCACGGGCACCGGAGAUGCCAUUCUUUCCAACCGUAUUUCGUACUUCUACGAUCUUCAUGGCACCAGCGUUACCAUUGACACGGCCUGCUCGUCUUCCCUGGUCUGUUUCCAUCUGGGUAGCCAAACGCUGCAGAACCAGGAAGCCGACAUCUCCAUCAUUGUCGGCUCAUCCCUGCACUACGACAGCAAUGUAUACGUUACCAUGACUGAUCUCGGCAUGCUUUCGACCAAUGGCCGCUGCGCGGCUUUUGAUGAAUCUGGAAGCGGCUACGUUCGUGGCGAGGGUAUCGCUUGCGCUAUCCUGAAGCGAAAGUCCGACGCGAUUGCUCACGGCGACAACAUCCGCGCCCUGGUCCGCGCGACUGGCUCCAACCACGAUGGCAAGAAGAACGGCAUCACUCUGCCCAACUCUGUCGCCCAGGAGCAGCUCAUCCGGUCGACUUACGAGAGGGCCGGUCUCAACCCGGCACACACGCAGUACUUUGAAGCCCACGGCACUGGUACCGCGGCAGGUGACCCGAUCGAGACUCGAGCCAUUGGUGCUGUGUUCGCGGAUGGCAGAGAGGAGCCUCUCUACGUCGGCUCUGUCAAGACAAACAUUGGGCAUCUUGAAGGUGCCUCGGGACUUGCUGGCCUCAUCAAGUCCACGCUGGCCCUCGAGCGCGGUACGAUCCCUCCCAACAUGCACUUCAAGACACCCAACCCCAAGAUCGACUUCGAGAACUGGAAGAUCGCGGUUCCUACCCAGCCAAUUGAGUGGAAGGUCCCAGAAGGCGUUCCUCGCCGCGCGAGUAUUAAUUCUUUCGGUUAUGGCGGCACCAACGCUCACGUCGUUCUUGAGGAGUAUCCCAAGGAUGCGGCUGCACCCGUUGAGAAGGCUCCUGAGCCCAUCGCCAACGGCGUGCACUCCCGCCCCUACCUCGUCCCUCUCACCUCCCACUCCCCUAAGGCAGGUGAAAUGUCCGAGGAUACCCUCACCAAGUAUGUUGAGAGCUCCGAGAACGCGACCGUGGCGGACCUCGCAUACAGCCUGUCCACUCGCCGGACCAUGCAUCAGCAGCGUUCUUUUGUCGUCGCCAAUGACGCUGCUGGCUUGGUCGAGCAGCUCGGUACCCCUCGCCCUGCCGCUCCCUGGACCCCGGCCAAGAAUGCCGCGCCUCGACUUGGCUUCAUCUUCACCGGCCAGGGUGCUCAGUGGCAUGCCAUGGGCCGUCAACUGAUCCAGGAAUGCCCGCACUUCCGUCAGAGCCUCCAGCGCUGCGAUGCCAUUCUCAAGGAGCUUCCCGACGCUCCCGAGUGGUCUAUCGUCGCGGAACUGAGCAAGACCAAGGAGACGUCACUCCUCGGUGAGACCCUGUACUCGCAGACCAUUUGCACGGCACUGCAGCUGGCUCUCAUUGACCUCAUUGAGUGCUGGGGUAUCAAGCCCUCUGCCGUCGUUGGCCACUCGUCUGGUGAGAUGGGUGCUGCCUAUGCUGCCGGUAUUCUCACCUUUGAGAGUGCCCUCAUUGCUGCCUACUACCGCGGUCGUUACAUGUCCGCCAACCGCGAUGGUGGCGUUCCUGGAGGCAUGAUGGCUGUCGGGCUGCCUGAAAAGAAGUGUCUCGAGGAGCUCAAACCUUACACUGGUCGCCUGACGAUCGCCGCCGUCAACAGCCCUUCGACCAUGACCGUAUCUGGAGACGAGGACGCAAUCCUGGAGCUCAAGGAGAGGCUGACGGAGAAGAAGGUCUUUGUGCGCCAGCUCAUCGUCAAGCAAGCCUUCCACUCUCACCACAUGUUCCCCUUGGCUCCGGCGUACGAAAACGCAUUGAAGAACAACUCGAGCUUCAAGACUCAGGCCCCCAAGUGCCGCAUGUUCUCCAGCGUCACGUCUCGUCUGGCCGAUCACGAGAAGAUGGGCGCUUCUUACUGGGCUGCGAACAUGGUUCAGGCUGUCCGCUUUUCUGAUGCCCUGACUGGUGUGCUUCUCGAUGAGCAGGAUGAGCAGAACGUGGACAUCCUCGUCGAGAUUGGCCCUCACCCGGCACUCAAGGGACCUGCUCGCCAGACUAUCCAGGCCCUCAAACUUGACCUGCCCUACGUCGCCUCCCUCACUCGCGGAGUCCCCGACUUUGAGGGACUUCUGAACAUGGCUGGUACCCUCUUCUCUCUCGGAUACCCCGUGGAUUUGGUCUCUGCCAACCAGAACCUUAGCCGCGGUCUCGAUGGCUCUCUCGUCAAGACACCCACUGGCACCAAGUUGGUUGAUCUUCCCACUUACACCUGGGAGCACCGUCGCUACUGGUCCGAGACACGAUACAUCAAGGAGCACCGCCAGAGGCAGUUCCGCCACUCGACGCUGGGCCACCGCGUCGCUGGAUCUGUUGCCAGACACCCCCGCUUCCGCAACUACUUGCGACUGAGCGAGCUUCCUUGGCUCAAUGAGCACGUCGUUGAGAACAAGGUCGUCUUCCCUGGUGCCGGAUACAUCAGCAUGGCUAUCGAGGCCGCCAUCCGCACGGAUGAGGUUGAGAGCGUCAAGAACAUCCACGUGAAGGACAUUGUCGUCAAGAACGCGCUCUUGAUCCCCAGCACGGAUGAGGGUGUCGAGGUGCUCUUGGAGCUUAAGCCUGUGACGCUCUCUGCCAAGAGCCACUCCGACACCUGGUAUGAGUUCAACGUCUUCUCCUAUGACGAGAACUCGAACUGCACUAGCCACUGCCACGGCCUCAUCAGUGUCGAGAAGGGCGAUGCUACUCCUCUUGAGUACACGGCUGCCUAUCCUGAGGGGACAUCCUUCAAUGAGCUUCGUCAAAAGACCUUCCGCUCGAUGCCUGCUGGUACUUUCUACAAGAACAUGGCCGACCUCGGCCUCGCCUACGGCGAGAAGUUCCGCCUUCUCAAGGGCAGUAUCGAGAGCGGCGUUGGAUUUGCAGUCUCUGACCUCGUCUUUGACCCGACUGCGCUUCCCAACGACCCCGGUGAUGAGACUGUCAUGCAUCCUACGCUGCUCGACUCGUUCUUCCACGUCAUCUUCCAUGCCGUUGAGAACCGCCUCGGUCGUCCCCUUGACGAGCCUUACGUUCCGUCAUUCUUCCGUGCUCUCAAGAUCUCUGGCAGCUUCUUCGAUUGGAAGAAUGAUAUGGACGUCAAGCACUUCCAGGUCGGCUCUUUCACCAAGCUUCCAUCGCCUCGUGUUGCGAUCAACGACAUGAUCAUGCAGAACGAGAAGGGCGAGCUCAUGAUGGAGAUUGCUGGCCUCGAAGUCACGUCCCUCGGUCGCGAGGCUCCGGAGGGCCAGGGACCGCGCACUCUGUUCUACCGCCAGCGCUGGCAGCCAAACUUCGACAUGAUGACCAGCGUCAAGGGCAAGCCUCUCUCGGAGAUUGUGGACAUCUUUGCCCAUCAGUUCCCUGACACCAAGAUCCUUCAUGUUACCUCCGACCUUGAGCGUACCAAGGAGGUUAUCAAGUCCCUGGGCACCGAAAAGACGGAGCGCCGCCGUUUCAAGCAGCUUGAUGUCUGGUCGCUGCAGGGCAAGGACUUUGGCGAGGCGGCUGAGGAGUUCUCCACGGCCACCAAGGGGCUUGUGAAUGUUGCUGAGCCCCAAGCUGACUCUUACGACCUCGUCAUUGUCAGUGAGUCGGGCGGCAACGCGGUUCCUUACAUGAAGGACUCUGGCUGCAUUCUCUUCGAUGGCCAGAAGGGUGCUGUUGCAGCCGACUUGCAGGAGCUGUUCUCCAGCCCAUUCUGCACUGCUCUUCGCAAGGCCUCGGAGCCCUUUGAGCUUCCUACCGAGCUCUCGGUUGUCGUUCCCGCUGGGAAGCCAACAGCCCGCACUUCGAUCAUUCUUAAGGAGCUGCAGUCUACCUACGGUGGCAAGAUCAACCACACUACAUUUGCUGAGAUUGCCGCCGGCUCCGCUGUUCUCCACGAUGAUGUCGUUGUGCUGGCUGGUCUGGAUGAGUCUGCCUCUGACAGCACCGUGUUCAAGGGUGCUCAGGCCCUCCUCAUCUCCCUCCAGAAGAACGUUGUUUGGCCGACUGAGGCUGCCACUUUCGAGGCUGGCCGUCCUGAGGGCGCCAUGUACAUCGGCCUCGUCCGCGCCGCUCGGUCCGAGAACGAUACCCUCCGUGCUGUGACCUUUGACUUUGGCCUCGAGUCAUCUGCGCAGUCCGUUGCUGCCAACAUUCUCCGCCUUCUCGACAGCAGGAUCGUCGAGGAUGAGGUGACGGAGCGCCAGGGUGCUCUGUACAUCCCUCGCGUUGAGGCUGACGAUGACCGCAACUGCAAGCUCAGGAACGGCCCCAACCAGGAGCCUCAUCUGGAGGCAUUCGGAUCCCCUCAGACUCGCACGCCACUGGCCCUGAGGAUCGGCAAGGUCGGCCUCCUUGAGACUCUGUACUUUGGUGAGGACACCGAGGUCAUGGACACCCAGAUCAAGGACAACGAGGUUGAGGUCGAGACGCGCGCUUCCUCCAUCAACUUCCGCGACGUCGCCGCCAGUAUGGGUAUCAUUGAAGACUUCAAGCUUGGUGAUGAGUGUGCGGGUAUCUGCACCAAGGUCGGCGCCAACGUCAAGGGGUUCAAGCCCGGUGACCGCGUCGUUGCCCUUCGUCCCGGUCAGGGCGCGCAUCGAAGCCUGGUCCGCAACCCUGCGUCGUGGUGCUACAAGCUGCCGGACAACAUGUCCUUUGCUGAGGCGGCCGCCAUGCCCCUGAUCCUGGGUACUGCGUGGUUUGCCCUGGAUCACACGGCUCGGAUCUCCAAGGGCGACACCGUUCUCAUCCACGCUGCUGCCGGUGGUGUCGGUCAGAUGGCUGUCCAGAUCGCUCAGCGAGCUGGUGCCCGCGUCCUUGCCACUGUCGGCUCUCCCGCCAAGCGACAGCUGCUCAAGGACGUCUAUGGCCUCACUGAAGAUCAGAUGUUCUCGUCUCGCGACGACACUUUUGCCAAGGGCGUUAUGGAGGCGACCAAUGGCCGCGGUGUUGACAUUGUUCUCAACUCCCUGGCCGGUCCCCUCCUUCACGCCUCUUGGGCUUGUCUGGCGCCUUUCGGUCGUUUCCUUGAGAUUGGCAAGCGCGAUAUCCACGAGAACAGCAAGAUUGCCAUGGAUCCCUUCCGUCGCAAUGUCCUGUUUGCUUCCAUUGAUCUUGUCACCAUGUUUGAGAAGAACGAGGCGCUCGGCGAGAGGUUGUUCAAGGAGUGCUUCGACCUGAUUGCGAAUGGCGACAUCAAGACGCCUGCUACAAUCAAGGAGGUCUCCUACGCGGAUGUCGUCAAGGGCUUCCGUCUGCUCCAGAUGGGCAAGCACACUGGCAAGAUUGUCCUGGUGCCCAGCCCCGAGGACAUGGUCCCCGUCAUGCGCAGCGGCUACCGUAACACGCCUCUCUUCACCACCUCCAAGACGUACCUGCUCGUCGGUGGCCUCGGUGGUCUUGGCCGAACUCUCUCGCAGUGGAUGGUGCGAAAGGGUGCUACCAAGCUUGCCUUCCUGUCUCGCUCCGGUGCCGACAAGACUGAGGCCAAGGCAACGGUUGACUGGCUGGUCGAGCGCGGUGUCGAAGUUAACGUCUACCGUGGAGAUGUCUCGAAGCGCGCAGACGUCCAGAGCUGCAUUGACAAGAUUGGCAACAACCUCGGAGGUGUCUUCCAGGCUGCCAUGGUCCUCCAGGAUAAGCCUCUCGAGACCAUGACUUAUGAGCAGUACCAGCGCUGCUGCCAGCCCAAGGUUGAAGGCACCAAGAACCUGCACGAGUCGACUCUCGGCAUUGACCUCGACUUCUUCGUCUGCUUCUCGUCGGUGGCUGCUGUUGUCGGCUCCAAGGGCCAGGCCAACUACUCGGCUGCCAACUGCUACCUUGAUGCCCUCAUGCGUCACCGCCGCGAGCUUGGGCUUAGCGGUACCACCAUGAACGUCGGUGCCGUCACCGGCGUGGGUGUCGUGGCUGAGAAUGAGGAGCUUCAAAAGGUCAUGCUCCGCAUGGGCAUGGACAUGAUCAACGAGGAGGAGCUUCUCUACCAGCUCGAGGAGGCUGUUCUGGCAGACAAGUCCGUCGCCCCCAUCACUCCUCGCGGCUGCAACGGCCACCAGAUUAUCAGCGGCGUUGGCCUGAUCUCUCCCGAUGUGUACUGGGCGCCCAAGCCGAUCAUGAAGAACCUGUACGCCAACCAUGAUUUCGGAGCCGAGGGCGCCAGCCAAAGCUCAAAGAACCUCUUGGCGCUCCUCAGCGAGGAGCCGGACGUCGAGAAGAAGACUGAGAUUCUGCUCGAUGGCUUCUUGGAGAAGAUUGCAAGCGUGCUUGCCACUCCCCGCGAGUCCAUUCUGCCGAGUAACCCCCUCUCUGCUUACGGCCUCGACUCCAUCGUUGCUGUCGAGUUCCGCAAGUGGUUCCGCAAGGAGGUCCAGGUCGACAUUGCUCUCUUCGACAUUCUCGGCGCCGCUUCCAUCAACGCGCUGGUGGCCAAGACGGCUCGCAUGGUGACUACCAGCACCUCCACCAAGGAAGUCGCCACUGACAAGACUGAGAAGAAGGCGACCACAGAGGCCGAGAGCUCCGAAGAGGAGGGCGCCGUUUCGGCCAUGGCGACUGGCCAGCUGACCAAGAUCCAGCACACCGACGUCGUACCGCUCUCAACAUUCCAAUCGCGUCUCUGGUUCGUGCACAGCUUCCUUGAGGACAAGUCUUUCCUGAACCUGCCCAUUGUGCUCCGCAUCAAGGGGAAGCCUGACUACCCUACUCUUCAAAAGGCCAUUCAGGAGAUGGCCGUCCGGAACCCCGCUCUGCGUACUGCCUACUACGAGGGCGACGACUUUGCGGUUCAGGAGCCCCUGGAGGACUUCGAUCUCGGCGUCGACUACAGGGACAUCAGCAACGAAGCCGACAAGGAGAAGGCGCUCCAGGAGUUUGUCAAGUAUAACCGCAAGAUUGAGAUGAACGUCGAGGAGGGCGAAGUGGCCACUUACUCGCUCGCCAAGCUCAGCGAGGAGGAAUGGGCCAUUGUCGGCAUGACGCACCACAUUUCCAUCGACCGUGCCAGUCUGUUCCCGAUGAUGUCCCAGUUUGUUGGCAUCUACGAUGCCAUCAAGACGGGCAAGGAUCUCGCCACCGUCUCCGCUCCCGAGUUCAACUAUGUCGACUUCACGCUCUGGCACAACGCACGUCUCGCUUCGGACCUCAUGAAGCCAGACCUCGACUGGUGGCGCUCUACUCUUGAGGGCCUGCCCCAGUCAAGCAAGGUGCUUCCUUUCGCCAAGGGAGAGCGUCCUGCUAGGAGCGACCCUCGCCGCCAGAAGGUGAAGACGAACCUCGAUGCCAAGCUGUUUGGGCGCAUGAAGCGCGUCGCGGCUCAGUCGAGCGGAACGCCAUUCCACUUUGUCCUGGCUGCCUUCCGUGCGUUCCUUUACAGGUACACCGAGGAGAAGGACCUUGUUCUCCUGAUGGUGGACGGCAACCGGCCUCAUCCGGAUACUGACCCGCUCAUGGGAUUCUUUGUGAACCUGGCCCCGGUCCGUUGCAACGAUGACUGCGACGUUCCUUUCGACCAGCUGUUCCAGGUUACCAAGACCCGUGCUCUGGACGCCAUGGCCCACAGUGGUGUUCCGUUCGAUACCAUUGUGGACAUCAUGAACGUCAAGAAGACUAGCAGCCACAUGCCAGUUGGACAAAUCGCCGUCAACUACCAAAUUCACGGACCUGUCCCUACCUAUCAGACUGUCGACUUCACCGUCGAGGAUAUCGAGUCGGACGAUAUCCCUACGGCAGCGGACAUUCAGCUCGAGGCCAUUGAGACGUCCGAGCACAGCCUCGACUUGAAGAUUGAGUACUCGACGGCGCUCUACUACGACGUGGACAUGGAGCGCUUCCUGGACAACUUCAACACCUUCUUGACGAGCUGCAUCAAGGACCACCGCCAGCCCAUCGACGAGAUUAACAUGUGCGGCCCCCUCGAGAUUGACUUCCUCAAGAAUAACUAUUGGAACACCGAGGCUAAGGAGAACCAGUGGCACGGGCAGAGUGUCCUUGAUGUAGUCUCCUCGAUGGCAAGACAACACCCCCAAGCUGCGGCGAUAAAAACUUCUGACUGCUGCAGCGUAUCGUACAGGCAGCUGAUCGAGAGGGCCGAGAGCGUGGCCUCUGAGCUCCUCGAUGCCGGCGCGAAGCCUGGAGACCGCAUCGGACUCCUCGCCCUGCCUGGCGUCGAGGCGGUGACGGGCAUGCUCGGAGCCCUCAUGACCGGGUCCUGCUAUGUGGCGCUCGACACCGACUUCGCACACGAUCGUCUCUCGUUUAUGCUUACCGAUUCUGGAGCCAAGCUGCUCCUCGUUGGGCCGGGGCAAGAUGCACUGGCUGCUGAGCUCCUGUCCAAGAUUGUUGUUGCCCCCAAGGUCGUCCGGAUCGAUGACGCCGCGGCGGCCGGCAGGACCGUUUCGCAGCCGCGGCCUCGACAUCCAGAUGACCCGUUUUAUAUGAUCUACACCUCUGGAAGUACUGGCACCCCCAAGGGUGUCAUUCUGAAGGAGUCAAACACGCAAGCCAUGCUGAGCACCUUGAACAAGGACUAUGGCUUCACGCACACCGACAAUUUCCUUGCACACACCACAAUGUCCUUUGACCUUUCUGUUGUCCAAAUCUUUGGUGGCCUCACUGCCGGCGCAACCGUCUCCGUUGCCUCGUGGGAGACGCGCAAGGAUCCAUCCGCUCUGGCCGACUUCAUGAUGAAGGAGGGUGUCUCUGUCACCUACUUUACCCCCACGCAGUUUGCGCUCCUCAUGGAGUUCAACGAAGCGGCCCUCAAGAAGUGCUCCAAGUAUCGGGUCGCUUACUUUGCCGGUGAGCGACUCCCCGUGCGAGUGGCCAAGGCUUUCUACGACUUGGGAACCCCUGCCACUCUCUACAACACCUGGUCUCCCUCGGAGCUCGUCGUCCAGACCUCCAUCGCGAAGAUCAGCCCGCCCGACGAAGGCGUUGUCAGCCUGCCCAUCGGUUAUCCCAUGGACAACUGCCGUCACUAUCUGCUGGACACCAAGGGAAACCCAGUGCCGUUUGGCCAGAUUGGUGAGCUCGUCGUUGGCGGUGUCCAGGUUGGCGCCGGGUAUCUCAACCGCCCCGAGGUGAACGCCAAGUCGUUUGUCGAGGACCCUUUUGCCUCGGAGGACGAUCGCAAGCGAGGCUGGAACCGCAUGUUCAAGACGGGCGACCGUGGGCGCUUCCGAGCCGACGGUCAGCUUGAGUUCCACGGCCGCAUCGCUGGCGACAAGCAGAUCAAGCUCCGCGGGUUCCGCAUCGACCUCGGCGAGGUCGAGCAGGUCAUCUUCAAGGAGUCGCAGAACCUCAAGAAGGCCGGUGCCCUGAUCGAUAUUGCCGUCGUGGCCCGCACUGUCGACUCCGAUGAGCAGCAGCUGGUCGCCUACCUUGUCCCGAAGACCAAUAUCACGGACGCGGCGGAGAAGGUUGCUGUCGUCUCGCAUCUGCACCGCAAGAUAAAGCCUCACCUCAACUACUACAUGCUUCCGAACGGGUACCAGUUCGUUGAAAAGCUGCCAACGACGCUGGGGGGCAAGGUCGAUCGACGAAACCUCUUGGAGCGCCAGCUUGAGCUCGUCCACCCAUCAAGCGUCACGACUCAACCCGGGAAAGCCGCCGCAGGUGCAGGUGUUAACGGCACUGCCACGGCACCAUCUGAAGAUCUCGAGUCGUCAAUUCUUGCUCUGUUCCGGGCGACCUUGGGCGCUGAAAUCGACCUCAACGAUUCAUUCUUUGAGAGGGGUGGAAACAGCAUCCUGCUCGUCCGUCUCCAGGCCAAGGUCAAGAAGCAGUUCAAGAUUGCACCACCCCUACCUGCCUUGAUCCGCGAGCCCACGGCCGCCGCAGUGUGCGCCUACGUGAGGCGUGCCAAGGGUGGUGACGCGGGCAAGAAGGGCGGCUUCGAGAACGUCAUCAGCUGGAACGUCGAGACCAACCUGCCCAACACGAGCCAGUACAUCCCUCGGUUUGGCACUCCCCGCAUCGACCGCGAUGAUCUGAACAGCGUGCUUGUCACCGGAGCUGAGUCCUUUAUCGGGGUCCACCUGCUGGCUGAGAUGUUGAGCUCCAAGGCGGACAUUACGAUUCAUGCUCUCGGCUCGACGACGAAACUGGAGACGCAGGCCCUUGUCAAGCUCCUCGAGAAGCACGACCUCCUGAAGGGUAUACUGACAGCAGACCACGUCAGUGCCCGCAUCAAGUGCGUCCCCGGGUCUCUCGACCAGCCGGGCUUCGGCCUGUCCAAGUCUGCGUUCCGGGAACUCGGUUCGGCAGUCCAGGCCAUCUACCACCUGGGCGGCCAUGUGUCGCUCCUCAAGACGUACUCGGCGCUGAAGCCAUAUAACGUGUCGCCAAUUUUCGACAUCAUCCGCCUUUCCAGCAUCGGCUCCCAGCUCUCCGACAUACACUACCUUUCGACGUGGUCCGUCCCGCAUCUCCAGACGUGGUCCGCGUCGAAGCGCACACGAGAGGGCUACGUCGUCGGCGAGGAGGACAGCACCCACUUCACUCCUCCGACAGAGGACGAGUCCGGCUACUUCAAGACCCGGUGGGUAGCGGAGAACCUUCUCGUCAAGGCGGCUCAGCGCGGCUUCCCGGUCACCAUCACGCGCGCGUCGGCCGUCACGGCGGCGGCACAGGGCACAGGUGUGCUGGACGCCGGGGACGAGUUCACGAUGCGCAUCGUGGUCAGCAUGAUCGAGUCGGGCAUGGUGCCGCAGAUCGGACGGGCCGACCAGCCCAGCUUCGCGGUGGACGUGAUCCCCGUGGACUGGCUGGCGUCGAACCUCUUUGCGCUCACGUCGCAGCGCGAGGCGCUGGCGCACGUCGACGCCUCGACCCUGUACACGGCGCCGCAGAUCUACCACGUCACGAACCCGCGGCCGCUGCGGCUCGAGGACCUGCCGCAGAUCAUUGCAGACCUGCGUCCCGGCUCUUCGCAGCAGCAGCAGCAGCAGCAGCAACCGGGCAGCAGCAAGGCCGCCGGGCUGGUGCCGCUGGAGGAGUGGCUCGGCAGCAUGGAGACGGCCGAGGGCGAGGACGCGGCGGGCCAGCUGGUGCGCAGCGCCGUCAUCAAGCAGAACCUCUCGACGGGCAGCGUCAUGUUCAGACUCGACAACGCGAGGACCAUGGCGGUGCUGGACGCGCUGAACCCGGGCGUCGUGGAGGCGUGCCCGGCCGUCGACGCCGAGUUCCUCAACGGGCUGUGGAAGCGGAUGCAGAGGCAGAGGGCCGAGGAGGAGGGCUUUGACGCCGCGUGA